CGAAGGGCGGCGGCGGCUGCAGCGGCUCGUGCUCGGCCCGGGUUCUGGAUCGCGCUCGGCCCCCGGCUCCCGGUCCGCGUCAGCGCGCCCCCUGCAUCCCGCGCCUCCAGCCCUCGCGCUCGGCCCCGCAGAGGAGCGGCCAUGCCGCCGCGGCGCAGCAUCGUGGAGGUGAAGGUACUGGACGUGCAGAAGCGGCGGGUGCCCAACAAGCAUUAUGUCUACAUCAUCCGGGUCACGUGGUCCAGCGGCUCCACCGAGGCCAUCUAUCGGCGCUACAGCAAAUUCUUUGACCUCCAGAUGCAGAUGUUGGACAAAUUUCCCAUGGAAGGAGGACAGAAGGACCCCAAACAGCGGAUCAUUCCCUUUCUCCCCGGCAAAAUUCUCUUCCGACGGAGCCACAUCCGGGACGUGGCUGUCAAACGCCUGAUACCGAUUGAUGAAUACUGUAAGGCUCUGAUCCAGCUGCCCCCCUACAUAUCUCAGUGUGAUGAGGUGCUGCAGUUCUUUGAGACAAGACCUGAGGACCUGAAUCCCCCCAAAGAGGAGCAUGUUGGGAAAAAGAAGUCUGGGGGCGACCUGACUUCAGUGGACCCCAUGGUCCUGGAGCAGUAUGUGGUGGUGGCGGACUACCAGAAGCAGGAGAGCUCGGAGAUCAGCCUCAGCGUGGGGCAGGUGGUAGACAUCAUUGAGAAGAACGAGUCAGGUUGGUGGUUUGUCAGCACCGCUGAAGAGCAAGGCUGGGUGCCCGCAACCUGCCUCGAAGGGCAGGAUGGUGGGCAGGAUGAGUUUGCCCUCCAGCCUGAGGAAGAGGAAAAGUACACAGUCAUCUACCCAUACACAGCGCGUGACCAAGAUGAAAUGAACCUGGAAAGAGGAGCUGUGGUGGAAGUCAUCCAGAAAAACCUGGAAGGCUGGUGGAAGAUCAGGUACCAGGGCAAAGAGGGCUGGGCCCCGGCCUCCUACCUGAGGAAGAGCAGCGGGGAGCCCUCACCCCCGAAGCCAGGCCCCGGCUCACCCGCCCACGCAGGCGUCCCCGAGCUGGACGGCAUCACCCGGCAGACGGGCCGGGAGAAGGAGCUGCUCAACAACCAGAGGGACGGCCGGUUCGACGGUCGCCCGGCACCUGACAGCGACAUGAAGCAGAGAUCUCCCAAGAUGAGGCAGAGACCCCCUCCUCGCCGGGACAUGACCAUACCUCGAGGUCUCAACCUGCCCAAGCCUCCCAUCCCACCUCAAGUGGAGGAAGAGUAUUACACCAUCGCCGAAUUUCAGACCACCAUCCCUGAUGGCAUCAGCUUCCAGGCAGGCCUGAAGGUCGAGGUAAUCGAGAAGAACUUGAGUGGCUGGUGGUACAUUCAGAUUGAAGAUAAGGAGGGAUGGGCCCCCGCGACCUUCAUUGACAAGUAUAAGAAGACCAGCAAUGCCUCGAGACCCAACUUUCUGGCUCCCUUGCCCAACGAGGUGCCGCAGCUCCGGCUGGGGGAGGCAGCAGCGAUGGAGAACAGCGUGAGCAGCGAAGCCACGGGCCCCUCCCGGCCCCUGCCCGAGGCCCCGCAUGGUGCUGCGGACUCUGGGAUGCCGUGGUCCAAGGACUGGAAGGGCGGGAAGGAGGUCCUGAGGAAGGCAUCCUCAGACAUGUCCUCGUGCGCAGGCUACGAGGAGAUCUCGGACCCCGACCUGGAGGAGAAGCCCAGCCUCCCUCCCCGCAAAGAAUCCAUCAUCAAGUCAGAAGGGGAGCUGCAGGAGCGGGAGCGGCAGAGGAUGGAGCAGCUCCGGGGGGCUUCACCCAAGCCUCCCGGCAUGAUCUUGCCCAUGAUCCCAGCCAAACACGCGCCCCCGGGCCGGGACAGCAGGAGACCAGAGCCCAAACCUGACAAAAGCAAGUUGUUCCAGCUGAAAAACGAGAUGGGGCUGGAGUGCGGCCACAAAGUGUUGGCCAAGGAAGUGAAGAAGCCCAACCUCCGACCUGUCUCCAAAUCCAAAGCCGACCCACCCGAGGAGAGGCCAGAAGCCGUUCCCCCGAAUCCCUUCUUGAAGUCCAAACCCCAGGUGAGGCCAAAACCAGCUCCUUCCCCCAGGACAGAGCCGGCUCAGGGAGAAGACCAGGUGGACAUCUGUAACCUCAGGAGCAAGCUCAGGCCUGCCAAGUCCCAAGAGAAACCCUCAGUGGAUGGAGAGGGUGGCCACCAGGCCGGGGGAGGCCAGGACAUGGCCAUCAGCCGCAGCUUCCUCCCAGGGGAGGGGCCUGGCCGCCCCCAGGACAGGACCAGCAAACAAGACGGGCUUAGCCCAAAGGAGCCGACCUGCAGAGCCCCGCCCAGGCCGGGCAAGACCGCAGAGCCUGUGCCCAAGAACGCGCCCGUCCCUCUCCCACAGGCUUCCCAGCAGAGACCUGUGGUCCCGCCGCGGAGACCACCGCCCCCCAAGAAAACCUCGUCAUCCAGGCCCCUCCCAGAGGUCCGGGGGCCACAGAGAGAGGCCAGUGAAGUCAAGGCAGCUCCUGCCCCGGGCCCGGGCCGGGCCCUGCUCGUCCCUCCAAAAGCCAAACCUUUUCUCUCCACUUCCCCUGGGGGCCAAGAUGACAUGCGAGGCAAAGGUGGGCUGGGGCCACGGAUGACGGGCAAUGGGGAAAACAAGGACAAAGGGGCUGCCGCCCCCUGCCCCGGCGCAGACGGCCCGAAGGACUCUUUGUAUGUGGCCGUGGCCGACUUUGAAGGGGACCAAGAUACCAGCAGCUUCCAGGAGGGGACAGUGUUUGAGGUCCGGGAGAAGAACAGCAGCGGCUGGUGGUUCUGCCAAGUCCAGAGCGGGGCGCCCUCCUGGGAAGGGUGGAUUCCUUCCAACUAUCUCAGAAAGAAGCCGUAGCCUCCUCCCUCCCUGCCCGGAGGUCCUGCGUGUCCCUGGUCCCUGCCAGCUUUCCCCACGUAUUUAAUAUGCCUCUUAAUUUAUCAUCCUCCACGAAGCUUCAAAGGAAGGAAGACUGGAAGGGAAGACUGGUUUCCUCCCUCCCCUCGGGGGAGGGUAACCCCUCCCAGCGCAGCAUCCCCUGGAGGUUCAGAGGCCACACCCCUUUCUCUCUACUCAGCAUCCCUGCCUUAAGGCCCGUGGCAUCGCCACCCAGCUUCCCUGCCCACCCAGAGGCAGGACUAUGACUCUCCCGAGGCCUCCAGGACCAAAGCCCAUCAUUUGGAGAAACUGCAGAAAGGGUCUCUCGUGGCUUAGAUCAGGCAGAAGACCCCCAACACCCGCCCCCGCCAGCACCCCACUCAGUCCGUUCAAGUCCAGCGACUUGAUUCAGUCAGUUUCCAAAAUGCUUGGUCCCAAAAAGAACUUCCUCCUGUAGAAGCUGGCUCCUUUCAAUCCCAGGGAGCUGCUGUCUUCCCCGAGGCCUCUGGCCCUCGGGCCUCUCAGGUUCAACCAGAUGCAACUGUCCCAGGCGUGGGCCAGGAGGGCCCCUCCGCCUUCCUGCCUUCCAGCUCCAGGCUUCCUUUCCUGCUGCAGGCUCUGGUCCAACCCAGGGCUUUUAAACCAGAAUCUCCAGCCCGCUUUGAGGGGCCUUUCAUUCCUGCCCACCUAGAGCAAGAAGCUCAAGGCUGGUUUGAAUAAGGGGGCCCUUGUGAGCUCCUCUUUGCCACGUAGCAAGUAGGUGCCAAAUGCUGUACUUGGCACUUCACACUCACGUUGAACUCUCGCAACAACCCUCUCUUAUGAUAUAUAAAUAUCAUCUGUUUUACAGAUGAGGAAACCGGAGUUCAGUGUGCCCAAGGGCACACGGGCUGGAAGAGGAGGAAAGGGAAUCCGAAUGCAGGCUGGCCUGACUUGCACACCUGUGCCCUUCCCCCUGCAAGAGGGAAACCAGGCAGGGGAGAGGGAGAGGCCGGCUGGCUGCCAGGAGCAGGCGGCCAACUGGCUUCCUCGGGGAUGUGCAAGAGGGAACGGGGUGGCUCAUGGCCGCUUCUACACCCACCACCCUCCAACCCAUUGCAGCAUCUGCCGCAGGCUGCCCUGGACCCUGAUGUUGCCGUGGAGCCCUAUGUCCUGCUCCUGUGCCAGUGCCGCCCAGGAGAUGGAGCCUGUGGAGCAAAGGGAGCUGAGAUGGUCUCACGUGCCUGCCUGGAGCAGAGUAAGCAGUAGCCCCAUAAGGAGAUGAGGACCCACCGGCCAGGCAGACACCUCCUGCCUCCCUCUGCUGCUGCUUCCGACUCCUCUCUAGCACUUGAAGAAGAGUUUUCUUCUCCUGCUCUAUGACCUCACCCUCUGCGAACCCAGGGCCGCCCUCGCACCCAUUUUGAUGGAUGUGGUUCCUUGAGGCACAUAGGGGCCCAGGCACACGGCAGAACGAGAAUCAGGACCCAAGGGUUCUGGCCCCCAGCCCAGAGCUCUUGCAUGGGGCACAGGCUGCCCAGGCGGGGGCAUGUGGGGGUGAGAAGGCAGCACCCCUCCCCCCCCCACUCCCACCUGACUCUGCAGGACCAGAGGAAGUGGCCCUGACCUACCCCGGAGAGUGUUCACCUGCUGCCAUGCUUUUGGAACCGCAAGGCCGGCUUUCUUGGGGACGCUCGCUGUCCAGCGGCAGUGCCAAAGGUUGAUGUGCAAACAGCCCUCUUCCACUCUCCCCACCCUCCUCUCUGCAGGAGAAAGAGCUCCCCCCGAUCCACAGUAGCAUCUUUAUUUACUGUAAAUCCCGCAUUCCGGGAACCCCUCACAGUGCCCCCUUGCCCCUUGGCCCUGCCCCCAGAACCCUGGGGGGGAAGAAGGCAGAAGGGAGAUUGGGAGAGAGCCACCUGCCACCCAAGGCCCCCCCCCCACUUGGGAGGAGGCCCCGAGGCAGGUUCUGCUGAGUUUUUGAUCCACUCUGGUUUAAACACCAUUUGUGAAGCUGUUGUGCAGCAUUUGCCUACAUUUCCAAAGACAAAACUCAUUUCUUUUUUCUGAUUCUGCUUUCAUUGGCCUUUUCCAGUAUUUCGUGAGCACCUACUAGGUGCUGGGGGCUGGGCGUAGCCCAGGCUGCCGUGGCUCCGUGCCUGGCUGUGGAGAGACUGGGUCGUUGUGUGCAGAUUCCAUGGAAGGGGGUUGUCGCUGGCCUCAUUCCCUUCCUCCCAGGGGACGGCUGGGUGGGAAUGGGCUGGUUCUGCCUUUCUCUGGGCAGAAAGCUUUUCCUGCAAAUGAAAGAAUCCGCCUUUUGAUGAUGAUGAUGGUUCUGACAUGAACUGAAGGUACUAAAGCCACAUUUCUCUGUGUUCACCGUUGCUUCCGCAGGGCACCUCUGUGUCCUGAGGAUUCCUUUCUCCAGCUCCUUGUGCCACAGCAAUGGCCCUUCCCCAGGCAGCUGCAAGGGACGGUCUUGAUGGCCAGUGGCUCUCACUAGCUGUCCCCACCUGGGGACUUCGCUUUACACCAUCCAGGACUUUUGCCUCGAUUCUGUGAGCUUUUGUUUGCACAUGCAAACCCCCCUGGAGUUACCGCCACACCAAAUGUCCAGGGCCAUAGGAAUAACCCCUCUGCCAAGCUCCGGGCAGGUUCCCGGUGCUUAAACAUGCCCCUUCCUUGAACUUAAUUGUCACUUCAGCCCUGGGAGGUGCAUAAGCUCUGCCCCGAUCUGUAGUGAGAAAAUUGUGGUCCAGAGGAUGAAAUCACCUGCUCAGCUUCAUCCAGAGAGCGACCAAGCUGAGACUCAAGUCCGGGAGUUUUUCUCCCCAGUGCUCAUGACUUUUCCUCUGCCAUCAGCUGCCAAGUGUCCAAGGCACUUUGAGGGAAGCAGGUGACCCUCCCUUUUCAUGUAGGGUUUUCUCCCCUCACCCCACGAUCACACAUUAGUAGGUCACAGGCCAAAUGCCAGCCCCCAAAGCCAGGCAAGGGUGGCUUUUCUUCUGUUUCUCACCCCUCCAUACUCCCUUGGGAUGGCUCUUUUAUCUUAUAUCCAAGGGCAAAACUGCCCCUAGUGGUAGCAACCAAAUCUUUAGAAAAUCUGAGUUUUAGGACCACUGCUUGAGAACACAGGCCUUUGCUCAAGUUUUUUACUUAGAAUUUCUUUGUCGUUUGGUGGGUUUCUGUCCGUGUCCCAGGAUGAGGCUUGGGGACAGCUGGACUGCAGCCCAAACCACUGUUAAUGCCUCUGCCCUCCCCGGGGAAAUUGCUGGAGUCCUACCAGGCUUCCCAUAGCGAUGUUACCUGACCUCCACCAGACCUGUCUAUGUGACUGAUUUCUUAAGCAAAUUCCUUGGCCUUAAAACAUGUCUGGGCCCACUGGGGAUUUCCUUACCAGGUAGACUGUAGGAAAACAAACUUGCCACUUUAAAGAACAGAUGCCAAGUCUCCCCAAGAUUUGGAAGGCCCUGUGCUUAGGCUAAGGGACGGACCGUCUAGAAUUUAUUCAGUCUGUACCGAGUACGCAGCCCUGAGUGGGAUGAAGAAGAAAUCGCUCCUGCCCUCACAAAGCUGGCAACUGGACAUCAUCAAGAACGAGAACAUUCGUAGCUUGGCUGCCGUCCUCUCGUCGUGCCUGCGUCUUUUAGAUGUUGGCUCAGGCUGCUCCCCGGGAGGUCUCACCCUUCACAUUGGGCCGUACCAUGAACACACAACAGCCUGCGUCACAAGAGGCAGUCUUGUCUCCUCCUGGGCUGUCCAGGCCCAUCCUUCAGGGCUUGCGCUGCAAACAGCCAUCCCACACCAUAGACCAAAGAUGACCUGUUGUCCACCCGUGUGGCCUGAAUGCCUAGGAAGCUGGCUUUGCCCUGAGGCCUGAGGGUGCAGGGAGGAAUCGCUCCUAAGUUGGCUAAGGGUCUAAUGUCUAGAUGGACCUCAGUCUACGAAGGUCACCGACAGAGUUGUGAGGCUGCAGAGUUAAAACCAGGAGGCUCCCGAGUCUGUGCUCCUGCACCCUCCUCGUAGACGUGACUGUCCAGGCCCGGGGGGCAGAGUCUGCUUUCUGGUGCUACCCUGCCGAGUUCUCAAGCUGUUCCACCGUAUUUUGAUGUUCCACCUUCCCCGUUUUUGUCUUCUACUCCAAAGCAGGCUCCAGUCAGGGACAAGGGCUUCAAACCUUUAUUGUCCUUGAAGAGGCUAAACCCAGUGCCAAGCCGGUAACCUUGAAUCUCCGGUCUUCUAUAAACAUACAAAAGGAGGUGCCCCCACCAGGCUUAUGACAGCAACAAGCUUUAUGACAACCAAGGUACCCCGUGUAAGCCUUACCCCAGUGUAAGCCUCUCGGUGCCACUGUGCCCACAUAACUGUUAAUAGCAGCACCCCUUUCACUCUCACACGGGUGACGACAAACGGGUCACCUUGGCUACAACCCACAUGUCCUGCUUCAGGGAGCCACCAAGUAACGAGGCCAUUUCUUGCAUCCCUCCAGGAACGGUGGGCGCUGACAGCAUUGGCCCAUCACCUCGUGUCUGCUCACAGGAUGAUGCUGGAGAUCCCUGGAUAGCUCAGUGCUCCUUACGCCCUUGGCAAGCUGACAGAUUCUGGUGGUGUUUUUUGUUUCCUUUUAACACACACACACACACACACACACACACACAAAUUACAUGAGGCUAUAUCAUGUGAGGGGGAGGGGUGGUGAACAGUGAAUUAGCUGUAGCAUGUAUAGACUAUAUACCUUACCAUUAGACUUUUUUUUUUUUAAUAAAAAAUGCUUGACUGGUUUCAAGCUUCAUUGUGAA